AUGAAGAUGAGAGUCUGGAAGGCUGUGGCUUGCACUCUGGCGUUCAGCGGUGUGGACGUGCUGGUGACCACGCUGCUGUACAUGCACAGCCGUAGCGGCAAGGACAUUGUCCAGGAUCUGAAGCACUUCAAUGUCUUUAAUUCCAUGUUGGACGUGUGGGGGGCAUGUCUGUACAGGAGCUGCUUGCUGCUUGGCGCUGCCAUUGGGGUUGCCAAGAACUCGACCUAUGGCCCCAAGCGCCUGAAAGCAUCCCAGACCUUCAUCACCUUGGUCUGCCUGCUAGUGGGCAUUUAUGCCCUGGUCAAACUGCUGCUCUACUCGGAGGUCAGGAAGACCAUUAGGGACCCCUGGUUUUGGAGUUUGUUUGCAUGGACGUAUGUGUCAUUGGCUGCAACUUUCUGCCUGUGGCAGCUGCUGUCUUCCGUGACGUCCUCCAGAGAAGCCUUGGAGGUCAGUUCAGAGUCCCGGGCGGAAGCAGAGGAGAUAUGUGACCCCAGCCCUAUUACUGUGCAGGAAAAGAGGGAAGAGGCGUCAGGAGCCACUAUCCAGAAGCUGCUGUCUUACACCAAACCAGAUGCUCUCUUCCUCGGAAUAGCCACUUUCUUCCUCCUGGUUGCUGCUUUGGGAGAAACAUUCCUUCCUUAUUACACGGGCUUGGCGAUUGAUGGAAUAGUCAUCCAAAAAAGCAUGGAUCAGUUUUCCACUGCAGUGGUGAUUAUGUCGCUUCUUGCUAUAGGAAGCUCAUUUGCCGCAGGUAUCCGGGGUGGCGUUUUUACGCUCGUAUUUGCCAGGCUGAAUAUUCGACUCCGCAACUGCCUCUUCAAGUCACUGGUUGCUCAGGAGACAAGUUUCUUUGAUGAGAAUCGCACAGGGGACAUCAUCUCCCGGCUGACCUCGGACACAACGAUUGUGAGCGACCUAGUUUCCCAGAACAUUAACAUCUUCCUGCGCAACGUGGUGAAGGCGACAGGCGUGAUUGUCUUCAUGUUCAGCCUGUCCUGGCAGCUCUCUCUGGUGACCUUCAUGGGCUUCCCCAUCAUCAUGCUGGUGUCUGACCUCUACGGGAAAUAUUACAAGAAGCUCUCCAAGGAGGUUCAGAAUGCUUUGGCGAAGGCCAACAACACAGCAGAAGAAACCAUUUCGGCCAUGAAGACUGUGCGCAGCUUUGCAAGUGAGGACAUGGAAGCAAAUGUCUAUUGGGAGAAACUGCAGCAAGUGUACAAACUGAACAGAAAGGAAGCCCUGGCCUAUACGUACUAUGUGUGGUCCAGUGGGCUGACUCUUCUGGUGGUGCAAGUCAGUAUCCUUUAUUAUGGUGGCCAUCUGGUGAUCUCUGGGCAAAUGACCAGCGGAAACCUGAUAUCUUUUAUUAUUUAUGAAUUUGUCUUGGGAGAUUGCAUGGAGUCCGUUGGUUCCGUCUACAGCGGAUUAAUGCAGGGAGUAGGAGCUGCUGAGAAAGUGUUUGAGUUUAUAGAUCGCAAGCCGACGAUGGUGAACGAUGGAACCCUGGCCCCAGACCAUGUGGAGGGUAAAGUGGAGUUCAGAAAUGUUACUUUUUCCUAUGCUACCCGGUCUGCAACACAGGUCCUACAGAAUGUGUCCUUCACCCUCUAUCCUGGCAAAGUGACUGCGCUCGUGGGUCCUUCGGGCAGUGGGAAGAGCUCCUGCGUCAAUAUUCUGGAGAAUUUCUACCCUCUUCAAGAUGGGCAGGUCCUGCUGGAUGGGCAGCCUAUUAACAUGUAUGAUCACAAGUACCUGCACUCAGUGAUCUCUUUGGUGAGCCAAGAGCCAGUGUUGUUUGCUCGAUCUAUUGCGGAAAAUAUUUCAUACGGUUUAACUUCAGUCUCAUUCGAGUCGGUUGUCCAAGCUGCUCAGAAGGCCAAUGCACAUGCGUUUAUCACAGAGUUGCAAGAUGGCUACAAUACAGAAGCUGGUGAAAAAGGAGCCCAGCUGUCUGGUGGCCAGAAGCAGAGAGUGGCUAUUGCAAGGGCUUUGAUCCGAGCCCCCCCAAUCCUAAUCCUAGAUGAAGCCACAAGUGCCCUGGAUGCAGAGAGUGAACACACGAUUCAGCAAGCAAUUUAUGGUGACUUGCAGAACCACACUGUGCUUGUCAUAGCCCACAGGCUGAGCACUGUCGAGAAGGCACACAACAUCAUUGUUUUAGACAAGGGCCGAGUGGUGCAGAAGGGAAUGCACAAGGAGCUCAUGGAAGAAGGCGGCCUUUAUUCCAAGCUGGUGCAGAGACAGAUCCUCGGGCUCGAAACUGGCACAGGGGACGGCUAUCAUCUGGAGACUAGCUUAGCUGCUGCCAGUGGACAUUCGAUGAAGCCGCUGGGAGGACUGGAUGAAGAGUUCAGGGUGUGA